UGUCAGAUGUCAGCUGUCAUAACACAGACCCUUUAAUAGUUGAAUGAUGAAAAUAAAUUACAAAAAAGUCAAAAGAAACAUAUCCAAAGCGAAAAAGUGUCAGAGUUGUAACCAAAGCGAAAUUCUGUGUACAGGCUAUUCACCACAAGCGCAUACAAGUAAAAAUAAAAACACUUUAGUAACUGCGUAAACGUAAAGGAGGAAAUGGAGAAAUGUGGAAAUCCACAGCGCAAAAAAUAAGAAAUUAAAAGGAAAAGUAACAACUAACAACACAACUAGCAUCAAUAAUUUUUUCGUCGGACAUUCGCCAAUGGUGCUUUGUAAUUUGGUAAACAUCCUCCACAACUGGUGACUGCAACGACUAUGGCUUGUCGGGUGACUUUUUCGAGAAAUAGGUUCCAUCCACAUGGCAAUCCAUUGGAUCGGCCACGGAGCACUCUGCCUCCACCCCUUGGCAUCUCACCCUUGGAAUGGCUUAAGAAGCUGGCACGAAAACAUCAAACAAUGGCGAUAAAAAAGCACAGGAGAAUUUUGGACUGGAUGGAAAAUCUGCAAAUGAUGACUAUGGACAUCACCAAAACGGAACCCAACAUGGGUCCAAACAAUCCACAGAAUGCGCAAAAUCCCAACAACGGCAAUGGCAAUCCGAAUAUUGGUAAUCCCAAUGGCAACAACAACGGUCUCACCAGCGUUAACGCUGUCGGCAAUGCAAAUAGCAGUGCCAACAAUAAUAACAAUGGCAAUGGUAGUCAGCUGUGCGCCGGUUGCGGCAAACACAUACAGGAUCGUUACUUGCUGCGCGCUCUAGACAUGCUGUGGCAUGAGGAUUGCCUCAAAUGUGGUUGUUGUGAUUGUCGUUUGGGAGAAGUUGGUUCCACGCUCUACACGAAAGGCAAUCUUAUGUUGUGCAAAAGAGAUUAUUUGAGAUUAUUUGGUAACACCGGUUAUUGUGCAGCCUGCAGUAAAGUCAUACCGGCGUUUGAGAUGGUGAUGCGAGCGCGCACAAAUGUCUAUCACUUGGAAUGUUUCGCUUGCCAGCAAUGUAAUCAUAGAUUCUGUGUAGGUGAUCGUUUCUACCUGUGUGAGAAUAAAAUUCUCUGCGAAUAUGACUAUGAAGAGCGUCUCGUGUUCGCCUCAAUGGCCAAUCAUCCGAUGUUGAAGCGACAUGCCAGUGCCAUUGGCCAAGGCUCCCCGACGGGCGCUGGUGGUUUAAUGGGCGGCGGUAGUCCCGGCGGCCCAAGCAGUGUUGUGCAGAAUGGACCGCGUACACCAGGCGAUCACAAUAACAACAAUGGCCCACAAACCGGUGCUGGUGGUUCACCGUUCGGCGUGCAAGCGACAGCCGCAGCGCACAUGAAGAACUCAUUGGGCGCGUCCAGCUAAAAUAAAGCCCUGGCCAUGAUUGCCGGCGGCGGCAGUGGCGUCAGCAACGUCGGCAUCAACGUCAACGCCGUAGCUAGCGUCAGUGGGUGCUACUA